AUGAACUCCCUUCUUCGAAAUGCCCGUACCGCCGAUAAUGCUCUUGUCCGAGCAUCCUUUAGCGUGAAAGGCUCUGCUGCAGGAAGAUCGCCCGCCUAUAGGAGGUUGAAUUCGCAGUUGUCGCAAUUGCCAAACCGAAGCACUUUCGGCACACAAACCAGAGCCCCCAAUGGCGCAAAGCUCUCGCCCCUGCGGCCGCUGCUAUUGCCGUCCGAACUUCGCCUGUCUCCUUCUGCUGCGCUCAUGACCCGACAACUUCAUGCAACCGCCCGAUCCUACCAAGAGAACAAGGACAAGGUUGAGCCGAAGGCAACAGAGCCUGCCCCCGAAGAGAAGCCCAAGACCGAUGAUGCGGAGGCCAAGAAGCGAGAGGAGAGCGAGAAGACCGAAGAGGGUGAAGGUAAAGAAGAAGGAAAGGACGACAAGGCCAAGAAGGAGGAUUUGCCCCCCCCACCACCCCACGGUGACAAGACCCCAUGGCAGGUGUUUACCGAAACCAUGAACGCCGAGUUCCAGAAGUCAACAGAAUGGAACGAAUCUACAAAGCAGAUUGGUGCCGCCGCCCACCAGUUCAGCGAGAGCGAGUCAGUACGCAGAGCUCGUGAGGCUUAUGAGAAGUCAACGGGCGCUGUGUCCUCUGCUGCCUCGGGUGCCAUUAAAACCACGGCCGGAGCAAUUGGAAAGGGAGCUGCCUGGACAUGGGAUACCUCUGUCGUCAAGGGAGUACGCAAGGCUGCCAACGUCACAGGUGAUGCUUUGGAUCAGGCAACUAAGCCGAUCCGAGACACUGAGGCUUACAAGAACGUGAAGAACGUUAUCGACGAUGGUAGCUCUUCGCGCUACGGUGGCUGGGUUGAGAAGGAAGAGAGAAGAAAAAGGAGAGAAUUGCUGGAAAAGAGCCGAGGCAGAGACGGCCAAGUCAUGCAAGAGGACCCUGAGGCUGGCACCAACAUCACAAUCCACAAAGAUGCGGCUUGGAAGGAAGCCUGGAGAGAUUUCCGCGAUCAAAAUAAGAUCGUUCAAGGCAUCUUUUCUAUGAAGGAUAAAUACGAGGAAUCAGAGAACCCUCUGGUUUCCACCGCCAGGAGCAUCACUGACCGAAUUGCCGGCUUUUUCGCCGAGAACGAGACCGCCAUGGUUAUCAAGCAAUUCCGCACCAUGGACCCCAAUUUCCAUGUCGAGCCUUUCCUUCAGGAACUUCGCGAGUAUAUCUUGCCCGAGGUCUUGGACGCUUACGUCAAGGGCGAUAUCGCAACCCUGAAGAUGUGGCUCUCCGCUGCCCAGUUCUCUGUUUAUGAGGCUCUCACAAAGCAAUAUGCCCAAGCAGGCAUGAAGACGGAUGGACGCAUUCUCGACAUCCGCAACGUUGAUAUUCUUCGCGCCCGCAUCCUGGAACCUGGCGACAUUCCUGUCUUUAUCAUCACCUGCCGCACGCAAGAGGUGCAUGUGUACCGCAACAAGAAGACGAAUGAGCUCGCUGCUGGUAUGGAGGACAAGGUCCAGCUUGUCACCUAUGCCAUUGGUAUUACCCGCGUGCCCGAAGAUGUCAACAACCCAGAGACCCGAGGAUGGCGUCUCAUUGAAAUGCAAAAGAGUGGCAGAGACUGGUACUAG